GGCGCCGCGCAGAUGAGGUCAGGGUGCAGGUCAGUGACAGGGACGGGGCCACUGCGGUUUGGCCAGUUCGUGUCCGGUGGUGUAGCCGGCGGGAUCGGAAGCCGUGCAGAGACGGCCUCAUGCGAACCGGUUUGUAGAUGACGCGCAGCCAUUUUUCCCGCCUGGCCGGUGAAUAGAUUAGUAUCAGCAAGCCUCGCUAGUCGGUCGGUGGUUGUCAUACCGCGCGGAUUCCCGCCAUGUCUCUCUGGUGGAUCUACCUGGCCCUGCUCGCCUUCGCAGCCAGCAUCAGCGGGGCGCUCACCUUCCCGCAGCAGGACGCGCGAUGUCAUCAGUCCGACCAGCAGUGCAUCAGCAUCCUUAGCUGCCCGCAGUUCCAGACGCGGGCCGACGUGCUGCGAUUCCGGCCGCGGCCCUGCGGGUUCAUCGGCACUACAGCGCUGGUGUGCUGUUCGGUGGCCCGGACCGGUGGACUCACCGGCACACGCUCGCCGCUGCCGAUCUCCUGCGGACACACCCGGGUCCAGGAGUUUUUCUUCCGACCCAGCACUGGUCCUCCGCCCAGUUUUGAGCUAAGUGGCCAGCUGCCGGGACCGCCGACGGGCGGCAGGAGGCGCCGCCAGGCGGCGCUCGGAGAGAGCGGCGAAGGUGAAUUCGUUGCCGUCCAAGCUGUGGGUGGAGUGGACGCCCAGCUCGGCAAGUGGCCAUGGAUGGUGCUGUUCGGCCGGUGGACGGACGACGGCCUGGGAAACUGGUUCUGCGGAGGCACCCUCAUCACCGACCGGCACGUGCUGACGGCCGCCCACUGCCUGCGACCGGAGGAGGCGGGUAGCGUCGGCACCCACAUCGGCGACAACGACCUUAACCUCCAGUUUGAGGUGGAACAUCAGGUGCGGAACGUCUCCAGGGUCGUGCGCCACCCGCAGUACCUGGGAUCACAGAACGACCUCGCCGUGGUCCGGCUGGCGACUCCUGUGGAGCUGACAGAGCACGUAUCGCCCAUCUGUCUACCACCAGCUGGCGCUGAACACAUCGGGCAAGACGUCGAGAUGGCCGGCUGGGGUCUGCUCGAGUUUGGUGGGAACGCCUCGGACAUUCUGCAGGAGGUGGCCCUGCGCGUGGCCGACCCGGCCGUCUGUGAGACCGCCUACCGGCGCGUGCCGCAGUUCGAGUCGCGCUUCCCGGGCGGCUUCCAGGGCACCAAGGUGUGCGCCGAGAGCCGGGACGGCGAGCCGCGCGACGCGUGCCGCGGCGACUCGGGCGGCCCGCUGAUGGUGCGUCUGGCGGACGACACCUACCAGCUGGUGGGCGUGGUCUCUACGGGCGUCGGCUGCGGCAACCCCGAGUUCCCCGGGCUCUACACCAAGGUGUCGUCCUACAUCGACUGGAUCGUCAGCCAGCUCACCUGAAGGG